AUGGAAUACAAUUUCACCUGCAACCACCAACCCUUUCCAGCGCCGCUUCUAUUCCUCAAGUUAAUGGGUUGCAAAUUUUCAAAGAGGGCUGUUUCAAGAACGUAUUCAUCAUAUAGCUCGACAUCAAAUCCAUGGGCUUAUCCACAAUCACCAUAUCCUCAAUCGCCAUUUCCUCAACCACCAGUGACCCAAUCAUAUGCUUACCCUUCGCCUUAUCAAAGCUAUCCUGAUCAAGCUCCUACAGUUAAGAAGAAUCUUGAGAGAAAAUACUCCAGAAUAGAUGAUAAUUACAACAACUUAGAGCAGGUUACUGAUGCUCUAGCAGGUGCUGGUUUGGAGUCUUCAAAUUUGAUUGUUGGUGUAGAUUUUACCAAGAGCAACGAGUGGACAGGUGCAAGGUCUUUUCAUCGAAGAAGCUUACAUCACAUUGGAAUUGAUAUGAACCCUUAUGAAGAAGCAAUAUCAAUAAUUGGAAGGACAUUAGCUUCCUUUGAUGAGGAUAAUUUAAUUCCUUGUUUUGGAUUUGGAGAUGCUUCAACUCAUGAUCAAGAGGUGUUUAGUUUCUACCCGGAUGACAAAUUUUGUGAUGGAUUUGAAGAUGUUUUGAGACGGUAUAGAGAAUUAGUACCUCAAUUGCGGCUUGCAGGGCCCACAUCAUUUGCCCCUAUCAUUGAAAUGGCAAUUACCAUUGUUGAACAAAGUGGUGGUCAAUAUCAUGUCUUGUUGAUCAUUGCCGAUGGCCAGGUCACAAGAAGUGUUGAUACUGACCAUGGUCAACUAAGUCCACAGGAAAGGAAAACUGUUGAUGCAAUUGUGAAAGCUAGCGAGUAUCCAUUGUCAAUAGUAUUAGUUGGGGUUGGAGAUGGACCAUGGGACAUGAUGAAGGAAUUUGACGACAAUAUUCCUGCUCGGGCUUUUGACAAUUUCCAGUUUGUAAAUUUCACAGAAAUUAUGUCGGCGAACAUGGAUUCAUCUAGGAAGGAAGCAGAGUUUGCUCUUUCUGCCUUGAUGGAGAUACCUUCACAAUAUAAAGCAACACUUGAGCUCAACAUACUAGGUGCUCGUAGAGGAAAUGCUAUAGAAAGGAUUUCGCUUCCACCACCACGUUAUGGUGGACCAAAUCCUUCACGAUCCACUACUUUCCAACCAACUGUCAAAACAAGAGAAACAUCAUCAACUCAUACAAAUUACCAUGGGACUUCUACCUCAGAUAAUAAUCUUUGUCCCAUCUGCAUAACUGCUCGAAAGGACAUGGCUUUCGGCUGUGGGCAUCAGACAUGUUGCGAAUGUGGCACAGACCUUCAACUUUGCCCUAUUUGUAGGAGUCACAUACAAACCAGAAUCAAACUUUAUUAAACACCAGCCCCCAUAUUUUCUGUUCAUAUUCUUUCUCUUUAAUACCCCCAAAAAAAUUGCAAAAUCUUAGGGUAAGCUUUUUUUGGGAUCUUGUAAAUUAGUUGCAUAACUUUAGGAUGUAUCAUAUGCAUUUCUUU